GUCCUAGCAGUGGAGACUGUUUAAAUGAGAUGGGUAGGGGGCGCCUAUUGGCCUAAGCUUGACCUGACCCUCUCCUGAAAGGCUACAGUGCCUUGAGUUGUUGGUGGAAACCCUUCCCAUCUCCUUUUUGAGAGUAGUAUGAGGAGACUGUCCUCACCUACUUCGACUGUGACUGCAUGGUGUUGAUUUAGCCGUUCCUUAGAUGAGAGUCAAGCUGGAGCUUGUUGUUGGGGGGGGGGGCGGGUAGCGACGCGCUCUGCAGCUGUCGCCCCCCUCAGAACGGAAAUUGUCCUCCUUAGGGAGGAGGGAAGGGUGACAGUUUGAUUUUUUUUUUUUUUUUGCCCCGGGGAGGGGUGGGAACAGCUGACGGAGGUUGGCCUCUGGGUUACUCUGUAGUCCUGGUAAGCACUAUAGGUGCCUCCCCUUCAUCCUGGCAGGAGCUGGAUUCUCUAGGAGAAGCACUUAGCUAAAGGGGCUGCAGAAGCUAGGCCCUUGGCUAGCUGGCUUGUUAGUGCCUUAUUUAUGUGUGUGUUUGGGCCCGGUUUCCCAGCUCAGCAGGUAACCCUGGCCUGGGCCUCCUAUCUCUCCUGUUGACUUACCGGAGGGCCAAUGGCCUCCCCUUUAUCACGUGAGGUCUGGAAUGUCCACCCGGCUGGGCUGAGCUGGGCUGCGUGGGGGAAGGGAAGAGGGGAGGGCUCUGAAUCCAGGGCUCAAGCCCCUCACAGGCUUACGUGCCCAAGGGCUCCCCAUGACCCUUCAGUUUUGUUGUUUCUUUUCUCAUACCCAUUUGGCGACUGUGAAAUUGAGGCCCAUGUGAAUGUGGGGCCAUGCUUGUUUCAGUAAGUUAAGUCCGCCCUUCUUUAGGUCCCUACCUAGUUACUCAUGGGAGCAUUCAGUUAUUCUUCCCAAGAAGAGGAGAGAGCUUUGGACUGAGCUAAAGCCGGUUGAGCCCAUAGGGUUCGUGGUGAGGUAGAAAAAAAUGGAGGACUUGAGACUUGGGCUAGACCUGGUCGCGCUCUUGAUUCUGUGGGGUGCGGGAAUCACUCAGUCACAGGAAAUUCUCCAGCGCUUGCCCUCGGUGGUCAUGGAUGGAGCGGGCUUACCUACUGUCAUUUUAAGUAAUUCAUUUAUUCAGCCUCUGGUGGGUGCUGAGUUCCUUGCUGUUCUGGUGUGCACAUUCUGCCUCGGGUCUGGAGGGGGGGGGGCCAGGAGGGUGAAGGGUCCCCCAGCGCCUGCUCUCUUACCCUUACCAUCCUAGAGGUGUGUGUGUGUGUGUGUGUGUGUGUGUGGUGUCCUUGAUUAAGUAUAUUAAUAGUUAAACUCUCACUCAUAGCUGGAACUCACCAGACCACAAAAAAGCCUCCCCCGUUACUCACGCGCUACUGCCCAACAAGAAUAUCCCACUAAAGUUUUUUCUGCAUUCUCUUCCUUACCCCUUGCUCUGUCUGCUCUCCUCAGUGCUGAGCCCACCUUCCCAGGCUGCUGGCAGGGAGAAAGGACUGCCCCCUCAGAGACCCAGAAAGCUCCAACCCUUCAUCUGCCCCUAAAAUCAGCUGGCAAAGAUGGGGUUGUGUGACACUGUGUCUGUUGAUCUGUGUGACAACCUGGAUGGUAUAUCUCUUGUUGCAAGUCUGUGUUUAAAAUGUGUAUGUCUGAAGAUGUGGAAGUCUAAGAUGUAUGAUUUUAUACAAAUGAAUGGUUAUGUAUCUGCAUUAUAUAUAUAUUACAUAUUAUAAUACUACAUAUACAUCUCAUGCACUUAAGUCUGAAAUUGUAUGUCUGUUGGUUGGCCAUGUCCCUAUAUAAUAUAUACUGUAUGUUUCCAGUACUUGGAAUUUUGUAGGGUUUGUGAUUUGUAUGUGUUUGAUUUGAGACAGUGUCAUACUGUAUAACCCUGCCUGACCUGGAACUUACUAUAUAAACCAGGUUAGCUUUGAACUCACAGAUACCAGUCUGCCUCUGCCUCCCAAAUUCUGGGAUUAAAGAUGUGCCCUACCACACUUGGCUCCUAGUAUGUACCUGAGAUACACACACACACACACACACACACACACACACACACACACACACGGGAGAGUGUCCACUCCUUUAGUGGUACAUGUCUGGAUUGUGAGUAUUUGAGUAAACCUGGAAGUGGACAUAUUUGAGCUGAGUGGGCAGUUGUCAGUGGCUAGUGGCUUUGUGUUUCUUGUCUCUUUCUAUAAUCUGUUUGCCAUUCUGACUUUCUAAGUCUCUUCUUCCCUGUUUGUGAAGCCAAGAGACUGAAAACCUUUUCCACUUAGCUGUGUCCCCCCUCCCCCUAGCCGUAGUAACCGGGCAGCCUCCUGGUCUGCCUGCCGCUGGGAGUUUUGGAAGCCUUGGCGGGAGACAGGCUGGGGCCGGGGUGACAGCGCAUAUCCACCGCGAUGGCAGCCUGUGAUUAUAAGAAUAAAAGGGUUUUAAGGUCAUGGGUGUUUCUUCUGUUUCUCCCCUGGCAGCAGAGGUCCACAGCAGUGUGUCUGCAGGUUGGGGUAUGCCCCUGUGCGGGUGAACAUCAAUGUGUGAGAGUGUGUGUGUGUGUGUGUGUGUGUGUGUGUGUGUGUGUGUGUGUGUGCCUUACCUGAGAGCAGAAUCACACAGGGACAUGCAUGAGCAGAACCUGUGACAGUCCAUGGGCUUGUCCUGGAUUCUCCAGGGGCUGGAGAGUGAUUCCCAGUUAAACUUCCCGCUGCUUGGGCAUCCCACAGAGCUGGAACUCUUGACAGUUUUCUAAGGGAGAGUGGUCUAGCCUCAAGUCUUGCUUUCUUAAUUUCCUCUCCUCUAGUUGAAUUUGAGACUAGCUUUGAGACUAGCUGGGCCCAGUCACCUGGACAAGGCCACAUCUUGGGGUGUCACUGCCUGCCCCUGGACCAGCUCCAGCCUCUGUAAUUGCAUUCUGUGGCCUAAUCCCCCGCCAGCUCAAUUAGAUUGCAAAUUCUUCUUCAUUUCCUGCCUCUUGAUGCUGGCCUCCCUCUGGGUUUGCAGGGAUUGGGGGUGGUGGGCAAUCCCAACUUCCCUUCUCCUAGCCCUAGGGAAUCUGGGAGGGUGAUUAGUUCCUGGUACACUAGCCCUAGAGCUGAAGUCAGAACCCCGAGGGACCAGCAAGACCGGGUUCCACUAGCCCUUUUGUGCCAACUACAGAAUCCCUCUGUCAGGAAACAGGAUCUCUUGUAGCUGGUACAGGGCUACCUGUGGAAUAGGCAGAUCCCUUUAGCCAGGUUCCUAGGCUGUCCCUUGUCCAUGCCCUUCGUAGACUGUGCCCACCACCUGCUCCCACAGCAGUUAGUACUUACUGAGCACUAUGUGGCUCAGGCCAGCCUUACACUUGCAGAGACCCUUCUAUCUCUGCCUUCCCAAGUACAGGGACUUACAAGCAUGUCCAGCACUUCAGCAAUAGCCUCCCUUUUCACAUUUUCCUGAUUUCCCAGCCAUAGUCCUUUUAGGGGCCUGUGGGCCCACCGAGGCCUUCUCCUGGCUCCCCUAAGAACCAUCCCUGAACUCCAUACAGGCAAGUGCACAUGCAGGACUCCAUACAGGCAAGUGCACGUGCAGGACUCGGGAGGUCUUCACACCUGGCUGUGAAUCCUGACCACUAUGUGGCUGACUGUAUACCAUAAAGAGUAAAGACAUUUCCACGUGGACACCUGAUCAUGUGCCUACCCUGACUGAGGCUCCCCAGGCAUCUCUAUUGUGGGCAGCCGUGCUACACGCUCAACUCUGAGCCCCCAACAGUUUGCAGGCUCCCAGCCCCGGGGUCUGGGCCUCGGCCCCACCAUGUCGAGCCUCGGCGGUGGCUCCCAGGACGCCGGUGGCAGUAGCAGCAGCAGUAACACCAAUAGCAGCAGUGGCAGUGGCCAAAAGGCAGGAGGAACAGACAAAAGUACCGCGGUGGCCGCCACCACGGCGCCGACCUCCGUGGCAGACGAUGCCCCACCCCCUGAGCGUCGGAACAAGAGCGGUAUCAUCAGUGAACCCCUCAACAAGAGCCUGCGGCGCUCCCGACCACUCUCUCACUACUCUUCCUUUGGUAGCAGUGGUGGCGGCGGAAGCAUGAUGGGGGUGGAGUCUGCUGACAAGGCAGCGGCAGCCGCAGCCUCCCUAUUGGCCAAUGGUCAUGACCUGGCUGCGGCCAUGGCAGUGGACAAAAGCAACCCUACCUCAAAGCACAAAAGUGGUGCUGUGGCCAGCCUGCUGAGCAAGGCAGAGAGGGCCACAGAGCUGGCAGCUGAGGGACAGCUGACGCUGCAGCAGUUUGCACAGUCCACAGAGAUGCUAAAGCGCGUGGUGCAGGAACACCUGCCACUGAUGAGUGAGGCCGGUGCCGGCCUGCCUGACAUGGAGGCUGUGGCCGGCGCCGAAGCCCUCAAUGGCCAGUCCGACUUCCCCUAUCUGGGCGCUUUCCCCAUCAAUCCAGGCCUCUUCAUCAUGACCCCAGCUGGCGUGUUCCUGGCUGAGAGUGCACUGCACAUGGCUGGCCUGGCCGAGUACCCCAUGCAGGGAGAGCUGGCUUCCGCCAUCAGCUCAGGCAAGAAGAAGCGGAAACGCUGCGGCAUGUGUGCGCCCUGCCGGCGGCGCAUCAACUGUGAGCAGUGCAGCAGUUGUAGGAACCGAAAGACUGGCCAUCAGAUUUGCAAAUUCAGAAAGUGUGAAGAACUCAAAAAGAAGCCUUCCGCUGCUCUGGAGAAGGUGAUGCUUCCGUCGGGAGCCGCCUUCCGGUGGUUUCAGUGAUUUCAGUGACGGCCGGGAACCCAAAGCUGCCCUCUCCGUGCAAUGUCACUGCCCGCGUGGUCUCCGGCAAGGGAUUCGGGCGAAGACAAACGGAUGCACCCGUCUUUAGAACCAAAAAUAUUCUCUCACAGAUUUCAUUCCUGUUUUUAUAUAUAUAUAUUUUUUGUUGUCGUUUUAACAUCUCCACGUCCCUAGUAUAAAAAGAAAAAGAAAAGAAAAAAAAUUUUAACUGCUUUUUCAGAAGAACAUCAACAACAACAAGAGAGGUAAAGACGAAUCUAUAAAGUACCGAGACUUCCUGGGCAAAGAAUGGACAAUCAGUCUCCUUCCUGUGUCAAUGUCAAUGUCAAUGUUGUCUGUGCGGGAGAUGCUGUUUUUGUGUAGAGAAUGUAAAUUUUCUGUAACCUUUUGCAAUCUAGUUACUAAUAAGCACUACUGUAAUUUAGCACAGUUUUAACUCCACUCUCAUUUUAAACUUCCUUUGAUUCUUUCCAACCAUGAAAUAGUGCAUAGUUUGCCUGGAGAAUCCAUUCACGUUUAUAAAGGAAUAGGUGGUGGCACCGUGUAGAAGCCCCUCUGUAUCCAUCCAUGUGUGCAGAGGGGCCAGAGCCCACUGGGACUGGGAGUUCCUGACCCAGGCCCGACCAUGUUGCACCCCAUCGUCCCCUGAUUGGGAUUCCCCCUACCCCAACAGUGAUGGAUUUUGGAGAGAUGAAAAUUCUAUUCAUUUGUUGAUCCACUGAGAUCUGGAGAGCCCACAUCUCAGUAUUUCUGAUCCUGGCUACUUCCCUUAGAGAAAAUAAGCCCUCUUUUCUCAGCCUUGCUCGCAGCAGCAGAAGAAAGGGCUUCUCUGCGUGGUCCCCUGCUGGUAGGGGUGGGUGCCCAGGGGGCCCCCUGCCCGUGGCCAGCUCCCUGCUGAGGAACAUGCUGUUUGUAUUGUUUUAGGAGACCAGGCUGUUUUGUGAAUAAAACUGAAUGCAUGUUUGUGUCAUGAUAA